AUGCUGCGCAAGCUCACCGUGGACCAGAUCAACGACUGGUUCACCAUCGGCAAGACCGUGACGGAUGUGGAGCUGCUGGGCGCGCCGCCCGCCUUCCCGGCCGAGGCGCCGCGCCGGGACGCCGGCCCGAGCCCGGUGCCCGCGGGGCCGGCGGCGUCUCAGCCUCCUCAUUUACCUGCUAGUGCAGUAUCCCGGGCCCGCGGCCAGCCGUGCUCCGAGGAGGAAUACAUCAACCAGUACAGACAGCUGGAGGCUCAGGAGCUGCACGUGCGGGCUCACCCAGCCACGGGGCCAGGUCGAAGGCCGCCUUUGAGUAAAGCGAGCAGUGUGACGUGCGUGCCUGAGACGACAUACAAGUACCCGGAUCUGCCCAUCAACCGGUAUAAGGAAGAGGCCAUUUCCCUAAUAGAAAGCAACUCAGUGGUGAUUGUGCAUGGUGCCACGGGCAGCGGGAAGAGCACACAGCUCCCUCAGCACGUCCUGGACCACUGCCUCCAGCGCUCCACCUACUGCAACAUCGCCGUCACGCAGCCGCGCAAGAUCGGGGCCAGCAGCAUCGCGCGGUGGAUUAGCAAGGAGCGCUCCUGGACACUGGGCGGCCUGGUGGGUUACCAGGUGGGGCUGGAGAAAGUAGCGACCGAAGACACCAAGUUACUGUACAUGACCACGGGCGUCCUGCUGCAGAAGGUGGUGAGCGCCAAGAGCCUGGUGGAGUUCACACACAUCUUCAUCGAUGAGGUGCAUGAGAGAACCGAGGAGAUGGAUUUCCUGCUCUUGGUGGUACGCAAACUUUUACGGACAAAUUCACGUUUUGUGAAGGUGGUCCUCAUGUCCGCCACCAUCAACUGCCAAGAGUUCGCCGACUACUUCGCUGUACCCGUGCAGAACAAGAUGAACCCUGCCUACGUGCUGGAGGUGGAAGGCAAGCCGCACUCGAUCGAGGAGCUCUACCUGGACGACCUGGAGUACAUCCACCACGGCGGGCUUCCUGCGCAUCUCCUGGAGGAGCCGGUGAUAACCAGGGACAUCUAUGAAGUGGCCGUCUCCCUAAUUCAGAUGUUUGAUGACCUCGACAUGAAAGAGAAUAGGACCAAGAGCUGCUCGGGAGCCCAGUUUGUGUCGGAGCGGAGCAGCGUGCUGGUAUUUCUGCCAGGUCUGAGUGAGAUAAACUGCAUGCAUGAGCUUCUCACAAGCAUGGUUCACAAAAGGCUGCAGGUGUACCCGCUCCACUCAAGUGUGACCUUGGAGGAGCAGAACAAUGUGUUUCUAAGCCCUGUGCCUGGAUACCGGAAGGUCAUCUUGUCGACCAACAUCGCAGAGAGCUCCAUCACGGUGCCAGACGUCAAGUACGUUAUAGACUUCUGUCUGACGAGGACUCUGGUGUGUGAUGAAGACACAAAUUACCACAGCCUGCGCCUGAGCUGGGCAUCCAAGACCAGCUGUGACCAGAGGAAAGGCCGGGCUGGACGCGUGUCGAAAGGCUACUGUUACCGGCUGGUGCAUAAGGACUUCUGGGCCAGCUCCAUCCCUGCCCAUGCUGUCCCUGAGAUGCUGCGUUGUCCCUUAGGAAGUACCAUCUUGAAGGUGAAGUUACUUGACAUGGGGGAGCCGAGAGCUUUGCUGGCCACUGCCCUUUCUCCGCCCAGUCUGGGUGACAUUGAGCGCACCGUGCUGCUCCUGAAGGAGGUGGGCGCGCUCGCGGUCAGCGGGCACAGGGACGCAGAGAGCCCCCACGACGGUGAGCUGACCUUCCUGGGCAGGGUCCUGGCCCAGCUUCCUGUUAACCAGCAGCUUGGGAAACUCAUCGUGUUGGGGCACGUGUUUGGGUGCCUGGACGAGUGUCUCAUCAUUGCGGCAGCCCUUUCCCUGAAGAAUUUCUUCGCUGUGCCCUUCCGGCAGCACCUUGAUGGAUACAGGAACAAAGUGAGUUUUUCCGGCAACAGCAAGAGUGACUGCAUCGCACUCGUGGAGGCAUUUAAAGCGUGGCAGGCUCGCAGACAGCGCGGAGAGCUGCGACAUCCCAAGGAUGAACUGGACUGGGGACGGGUCAAUUACAUUCAAAUCAAGAGAAUCCGAGAGGUGGCUGAGCUGUACGAAGAACUGAAGAACAGGAUGGCGCAGUUCAACGUGCACGUGGGCGCCCGGCGGCCGGUCCUGGACCAGGAGCACACACACAAGCAGCGCUUCAUCCUGCAGGUUGUCCUGGCGGGUGCUUUCUACCCCAAUUACUUCACCUUCGGACAGCCGGACGAGGAGAUGGCGGUGCGCGAGCUGGCCGGCAGAGACCCCAAGACAACCAUUGUGCUGAAGCAUAUCCCAGCCUAUGGGUUCCUGUACUACAAACAGCUACAGUCCCUCUUCAGACAAUGUGGCCAGGUCAAGUCCAUCGUGUUCGAUGGUGCCAAAGCCUUUGUGGAGUUCUCACGGAAUCCAACAGAGAGGUUUACGACCCUUCCUGCAGUGUACAUGGCGAUGAAGAUGUCCCAGCUCAAAGUGCCCCUGGAGCUCAGCAUCCACGCAGCCGAGGAGAUCGAGGGGAAGGUGCAAGGCGGGGCCGUGUCCAAGCUCCGGAACACCAGGGUGAAUGUGGACUUCCAGAAGCAGACAGUAGACCCAGUUCAGGUGUCCUUUACCACGGCGGACAGGUCCCGGGCAGCUACAGACCUCCUUCUCAGAGUCGAUGUUACAGAGGUGGUUGAGGUGGGUCACUUCUGGGGCUACAGGAUUGAUGAGAAGAGUGUGGAGGUCCUGAAGAAGCUGAGUGCUGAGAUAAACCGGCUCCAGCUGGCACCCUUGCCCGCUCACCCGCACCCGGACUUGGUCUGUCUGGCACCUUUUGCUGAUCUUGAUAAAGAAAGCUACUUCCGAGCCCAAAUCCUUUAUGUUUCUGGAAAUUCUGCCGAGGUGUUCUUCGUGGACUAUGGCAACAGGUCUCAGGUGGCCCUCCAUCUUCUCAUGGAGAUGCCCUCUCACCUGCUUCAACUCCCGUUUCAGGCUCUGGAAUUUAAAAUUUGCAAAAUGCGACCAUCAGCCAAGUCUCUGGUCUGUGGGGAGCACUGGAGCGGCAGGGCCAGCCAGCGGUUCACCGCCUUGGUGAGCGGCUGCGCACUGCUGGUGAAGGUCUUCUCCGUGGUGCACAGCGUCCUGCACGUGGACGUGUACCGCUCCUCGGGCGCCCAGGACAUGGUCAGCAUCCGGGAUGUGCUCAUCCGAGAGGGCUAUGCCGAGCUCACAGAGGAGUCCUACGAGUCCAGGCAAAGCCACGAAGCCCUCAAGGCCCUGUUUUCCGAGUCGGCAGAGAUGGGGCUGGACGAUGGGUCGCCGCCGUCUCCCGCGAAGGAUGAGAAGCAGCUGCUCCGCCUGCUGCUGGAGAGCUUCUCCUCCCACAAGCUGGGCACCCCAACCUGCAAGGCAGUUCUCCAUGGGCCCUUCAACCCCUACGAGCUCAAGUGCCACAGCUUGACGAGGAUAUCCAAGUUCAGGUGCGUCUGGAUCGAGAAGGAGAGCAUCAACUCUGUCGUCAUCAGCGACGCGCCGGCCGACCCCCAGCAGAGGAUGCUCAUUGCAGCGUCGCUGUCCGUCAACUCCACUGGGUCCACCAUGCUGCUGAGAGAGACCUCGCUCAUGCCACCGAUCCCCGGCCUCCCUGCCAUCCUCAGCAUGCUCUUCACGCCGCUCAUGGAGCUCAGGGUGGAUCGGGCUGGGAAGCGCUACACCGGAGUCCUCUGUGGCCUGGGCUGGAACGCGGGCACAGGGACCGCUGUGCUGCCGGAACACGACAUGGAGCUGGCGUUUGACGUACGCAUCGACGUGGAGGACAUCAUGGAGAUCAACAUCCUGAGGGCCGCCAUCAACAAGCUGGUGUGCGACGGGCCCAACGGCCUCAGGCAUCUCGGGCCCGAGAGGAUUGCGCAGCUGCAGGAGGACGCCCGCCAGAAGCUGCUGAGCUUGUUCUGCCAGUUGAAACCAAGAGAAAGAGUUAUUCCUACAUGGCAUGAAAAGCCCUACGAGUGGAACCAGGUGGACCCGCAGCUGGUCAUGGAGCAGGUGCGGGAGGAGAGACGUGGGAAGAGCACGCCGCUGCUCCAGCUGCACAAGCUGAUCGUGCUGGGCCCCUGACCCCCGCAGCCGGACGCGCUCUCCGUGGCACGCAGUCGGACAUUGCCCCUUGUGCUGCCCGGUGAUGUGGAGGGUCUGCGCCAUCUAAACCCUCGGGAAAUCGGGAAGCAGACUGCCUGGUAAAGGAGCUCCAGUUGAAGUAGCCACGUUGGCAUGGAACAUUCUAGAGCCUGUAGGUUUCAGCCUUGGGCUCCCAGUUGACCAGACAGAAAGCUGGGACCUGUUUAUAGCCAUGGUGUGUUUUCUGAUGUUUUUCCAUGGAGGAGGAUAACUAAUUUUGGAAAACCCAACUUUACUUUUAUACAUUUAAGAUUUUUAGUUAACUCACGAUUCUUGGUCCGCAUGUCAGAAAUCAGAGAUUACCUGGCAACUUCUCUGUGUGUGUGAAAACAAUAAAA